AUGCCGUGGGCGGCAUUGAAUGCGCCAACGAGUAUUCCCGACUUUUGGGACGACAGGGACGCCGAUCACAUUCUCGGCAAUUUAGCACGAAAGUGCGGCGUUGAAGCGAGACACGAGUAUCGGCUAUUUAUUACCCGAACGACUUCAUUCAUUACAUUUACGAACACAGCUCUGCAUCAAGGAAGGCUUCAGGUCUCGAGCCCAGCAACGUCGCCCGCCGCCGCCAGCCACGUUCAGAGCCGCGACGGCUGGGAACUCGUUAUUCUCAUAGGUUCCGGACAAGGCUAUCUGUGCCUGCGCGUCCCGGCCGCUCCCUCUGCCGUUGCCUGA